UAUGGCGACCUAGGAAUUUGUGGAUCUAGAACUCAGGGAUCUACGAAUCGUCAGAUCUAGAGAUAUGGCAGCUCAAGAAUUCGGAGACCAUGUGUUCAUAGAAACUUAAGAAUCUGUGAGUCGAAGAAUUUAGGAAUCUAGAAACAAAUUAAAUUUGUAAGUGGAAGUAAUUGACAAAGUUAUUGAAGAAGGCUAGCCGAGUCGCUAAUAGACGCGCGUGAAUCAGUACAUCCGUUCAUUAGCCCCUAAAUAAGUUCGUGCGAAAACAAGAGACAAGCAAGUGACGCGUGCGCGUGUAACAAGACAGAAGAAUGUGUCGUUUCAUAAAUAAACGCAAUGGUCCUCGUAGCGGCGGUCUAUCUUCGUAUGGGAAAUGUCAUGGAAGGAGAUCCUUUGACACGGACAAUUUGGAAGAUGGCGUCGAGGUGGCGACGCGUGGGACGAGGUUGAAAGCUUCCUGGAAACAUUUUCUCACGGUCGCGAUGCGUGCUAGUUCCGGUACUAGAUCGACUCGAACGCUGAAAAUAGAUCAUUGAUCGAUCCGUCUCGGACACCUCGUUUCCCUCGUUCGUGUGACCCACUAGAUUACGUACACAUUUAGCGUGACAUUUAAUUUUAUUGCUUUUGAUGUCAUUAUCAUCGAUUUACCGUGAAAAUGUUACAGUGUCAUUUAUUUGUAAUCGUAACAUUGGAUGUCGACAUCGAGUGUUCGAUGAUAACGCGAUCCAAACAUAGUGCGAUCACUAUCUAGAUUAUUGAAACCACGAAAUCGCUACGUGAUAUUAAAUGAUAGGGUUCGUCCUCAAAACGCACCCUUAUUUAUGGAGCGUAAGGCUCAAGGGGAUGCGUCUCGAUGUCAUUAACCCCUGCUACAAAGAUUUAAGGAUCCUAUUGUGUUGAUCAUUCAAAUUAGUAGUCCGGUUAUGUAGAUGCGAACCUUUUGGGGUUGCGUUUCAGGAGUAGAACGGACAAUUUUUAAAACGAUAAAAUCUUCAAUGUUCUUUUAUCGUUUUCUCAAGCAAAAUUGAACUGUCUGAAUUGGGUCACGUGGAAUUGAAUCGCAACUAAAUCACAAGAAAAUUGAAUCACGUCUGAAUCUCAAUAGCUCCCGAAUUGCCUCGAGUUAACGCGAAAAUUGUACGUAAUUGAAUCACCGUGAAUGAAAUUGCGUGAAAUUGAUACACGUUGAGUUUCCUCGAGUCGACCUCGCAGAGAAUUCGUGUCGAAAUUUCGUCAAAAGGAGGAAAAACUGAAUAUUCUCUAAUUCUCGCACCUGAAACGGUGAAAGUUCGAAAUGUUCGAUACACGGUUAGUAACGAUUGACUAACUACCAUAAAAACAUUUAGUGUUUUGAUGUUCGAUAAUUUUCUCUGAGGGUGCGAGGACAAAGUUCGUAUUUUAUUGAACCGUCGUUAACUUUCUUCGUACCCUUCAAGGAAAGAAUGACAAAUAUGGCUGGUGACGCAACCGAUUGACACCCGGUGACGCAAUGAUGCAAUUUUUGGCCCGUCAUUUGUCUCUCCCUUCGUCGCCACCAUCAGCUCAAACGAGAGUUCUUUGUUGCUUGUUUGUCAUCGCGACAUUGCGUUGUUUGUGCAAGCUUCGCUGUAAUUUAUGCUUCUAGAAAUAAUUCGGUAUUAUCUACGGCUUGCAUCCGUCUUACGAGCUUCGCUCUGCAAAUCGGACGUGGCCCCGUUCGAAGAUAGAUCGAGGAAAACAAAUUUUUGAAUACUUGCUCUCUCAAGCUUUUUCCACAAGCUUUAUACUUUUACAUCACCCUUCGCUUGAUUAGUUACAUUAGUAUCCUACUGUUACAUUGUUACCAUCAUUAGUACAUGUAGUCAAUUAGUGCAUACAGUAGCAUUACUUGUACGUAGUGGAAGAUUCUAUCACUGGAAGAUCAGAGAGAAUGUUCAAGGUACAUGGCGUGUGAAUUUGGAGAUACUAAAUGAAUUUAGUAUCAUGAUAUACAAGGUGGUUAUAUAAUCGAAAGCAAGUAAUUAGAGUAUCUGGUAGAAUUGUGGUGUAAGACGUUAACGAGCAUCCGUUCAGAAUGUUUCGUUCGGUACGCGUAAGCUCGCACGCUGGUUACGAUGGCAAAAUGCCGCGUGUAUCAACGAACGAUCGUGGCAAGCUGUAAUUACGACUAAACUAAUUAUAUCGUUACGGGGCAAUCGUAUCUGUGCCUCCUCGUGGUGGAUUCGUUGUGCGUUACCACUGCGUGACUCGUUUUUCGUUGCUCGAAAAAUAAUUGUGAGGCCAAAUAUCGUUUCGACGAAUGCUCAUCGAACCAUUGUUCUCACUGUAAUUACAUUGUAACACGAAUAAUACCGGCUAUAUUAAUUGCUCGAUCAAUGUGAACCUCGCUCGCGAAUAUCCGGUUAAUUAUACCCAAGAAUAUUUCAUGGCUAACCAGUUGAAACUGUUAUUUAAUGACACGAUGAUUGUUAUCUUUCUAAGGAUUAACGCCACACUACUGUUAAUUACUAUUUCCUUAUUUUUAACAAGUUCGUUACAGUUCUGCGUUAUAUCUGCUAUAUUGCAAUUUAGCUGAUCCUAGAAAUCGGCUAUAUGUUAACAAGUUCUCUUGGAAUGUUUAAUACCAACAGGGUUGCUCAAUUUGAUCGUUUAAAUUCUACUUGUAAUACCAUAAAAAUUACGAUUUCUCCGUUCACACGAGCUUGAAUCUCAAUUGCAACGCUUGUCACCUUGGGACUAUUUAAUGCGUUCCAUAAUUUCCAGCAAAUAUCAGGUAACUUUAAAGUUAUCGUCAAUUGCUUCACCUUCGAGCAACAUUCUACGUUUCUGCGACGUAAGAUCUGAUCAAGAGCGAUACGCCCAGUUCUCUUGCAAGAACUUUGUCCUGAAGAUAAAGUAUACAGAGUGAGUCAUCUGAAACGGAACAUCAGAAUUCAAUAAUGUCUGAUGUUAUCGUCUUCCAACAAACUAGAUGACUGCUUUGUUACGUUUGCAAAAUUAAAUACAAAUUUAAUUCUUUCAUUCAAGUAGAGUCCUUACAUGCUUCACCUUAUCAGUUGGAACAAUUGUCAAAGUAAUUACAUGAGCAAUUACCUGCAAGAUAAUCUUUACAGGUAUUCACAGUUAAGCAAUUGUUAUAAUUACUUAAUUGCUGCAGUUACAAGACAACUGGGAAAUUGAAAAACGUCAAAUUAUAUCUCCUCAGAGAAUCCGCUAAAAGUUCCGAAGUAACUUUUCCUUAGUUGGUACCGGAAACUCGAUGAACAAAAUGGAGUAGAACGAGGAAUGGACGUUGAACGAACGUUCCCGAUGGAUUCCCGAGCCGGAAAGUUUCGGCACGAGGUUACAACGUCAUGUCCAUCUAAUUAUGGUCCGCUUAACGUAACGCUUUGCUCGUGAGUCAGCUGUUGACGUUCUUUCAAACGUUUCGCUAACCUCGAUGCUCCUCCUCUCUUUUACAUCCCUGCCGUUAAUCGAAAUUCCACGAAUACCUUGCAUAUCGUAUGAAUAUUUCUGUUUUUGUUGCGUCAACGUUACGAGUGAAUAAACAACGCUCUUAUCACUUUGCAAUAAUAAAAAACACCUUCUGUUUUCUUUCUUAACGAGAGACUUCGAUCUGGAACCUCUGUUGAGAGGUUGGUGACACGUGCUUGACAUAUAAUGUCAAUACUUUGGAAAUUUGUUGUUAUUUGUUAUAGUGGUGAUAUUACUUAUAUGAUAUUAUCAGAGUACAUUGUUACUCCAACUCCCCAAUUUUAGAACCUCCAAAUUUCUAAGUCACUAAAUUUCCAAGUGAUCAAUCUCCUAACUGUUAUCUAUCGAUUAAUACGAACAAUCGCUUCAGCCUUGGUAUAAUCUGAGCCAGCUCGGAUUAAACGAAUUUACCGAGGUUGGUGGAACGCCAACGAUUACGCAUGCAUCAACAAAGUGGCAAGUCGAAAAAGCAAACACCCCGAAUGAAUAUUUAUUAGCGGCUCGAUCGACGUCCGCGGAGGUUGGAAUAACCAGAUGAAAUCUGGAUGAUGCCACCUAAGUUCCUCGAAGCGAAAGACUUCCUCGAAUAAUCUUAUGAGUCUUCAAGGCAUCACAUAAAAUAAAAUUGCUGUCUCGCGAUGUUUUCAUUACGAGUCGACAUUUUUUGGUAUUUAUGACGAGUCAAUCCGACGCGAUUGGAUACGCGUACACCUCGAAGAGAGCUGGUGUUAGAAAGUUGCAAACCGUUAGACGGAAUAAAGCUUCUAAUAAAUGGUGUGUCUUCCACUGAAAAUACAGCUACGAGCGUUCACUGGCCUCGACGAGUGCUGGCAUACUUUUCUGAUAAGAACAAACCACUGUACGUUAAUUAAUUUUCCGAUUUUCUGUGGGAGACGUCGUUUAGCGUUGCUUAUUUUCACCACGCGAAAUUGCUACGUAGGUGUGACUGGAUCGGGUUCAAUGGACUCCGUCUCGGACGAUCUUUCACGGAAACAAGUUUGUUGAUAUAACUGGUCGAUUGUUUGCUCAUAUGAGCUCAUAGAUUUGUAGCUUCACUCGCGAUUAGUACAGUCAAGUUCAAUGAUCAUUGCUGAAAAUAGAGUGCUCAAUUUUGCGGGAGCUGGUUUUAAUAUUCGUGGCGAUUCAAAAUAGCUUCAUGGUCGGCUGCUCAAAUGAUUCACAAUUUUAGAUUGUACGGUGAAAAGUAGGCAGUUUUAAUACUUGGAACUGUUCACUCAAAAUAUUGGCUACUUCAUGAAUUUUGUCCUUAAUUAUUUGAAACUAUAGUUCGUGUACUCGAACGACAUAAAUUGUGCAGAACAGUCACCGAAGCAAAACUGUUCAUACCACUUGGAGUUUGAGUGCAAUGUACUCAAAGUGCAUAUUGUAAUACUCAAAGGUACUCGAAAUAGUUUGGAGUAAACAAGUCGCGGCAAAGGCAGACAGUAAACAUCCGACAUUGGUGUCAGAUUCGUAGUUCCACGUGGCUCAAAAUAAUUUGAGGUCUCAAUAAUUGAACUGCAGUCGUUUCCUCGUUCGUUAUUACAUCGAGCUCAUAAACGAUCCAUCAUAACGCGAAACACCUGUCCGUUUACUUGUCUUAACAGGUCGUGCAACUUUCUCUCGAAGCGUUCUAUUUAGAAUGUUACAUUGCUGAAAAUAAUUCUGGCAAUCUAUUCGGGUAUGAGGUAACCAAUAUUUCUGGAAACCAUACAGACUAUGUAAACUCUAUCAGAAUUCUAAUCUUUGAUUCAUACGCGCUCUUUUUUACUUUCGCCCUUCCAGCUAUUAUUUUUCACCUCGUCAAAAGAAAUCGUAUUUGAUUUUUCAUUGAUACGAAGCUACCCACGUAGCUUGAAUCGUACGUUGCCGUCUCGAAUUCCACGACAUAGUGGGCGAUAAGAAACGAAGGGGACCCAGGCACGAGCCAAUCUGCUGCUUAUCAGCUUGUUAUCAGCAUCGCGUCAAGUUAUGAAUGGGCGGAAUCUCGCGCCAGCUUGACCAAUUUCACGUCCUUUCAAUCCCACUCCUCUAAACGAAAGCGCAAUUUUUUCCAUCAAAAAAGAGCUACUCAACAACAUAUUUUAAUUAUCUAAAUUUCCUGGAUGUUUAGUUCAAGUUGCUCAACUUUCAUUUUUUAAAAAAUCUCUUUCGCAUACUAAAACCACCACAUCUAUUAAUAUAAUUGUUCCAAAUUUCUCAUAGUAUCAGACAAUUACCAGUUCAAUCCCAAUUGCUACAAUUUCAAAUAUUCAAGUAUUUUCCGAAAAGGUCUCUUGAAUAGCGUUACGCAUGCGCAGUACAGUUGCGCGCGCAUGCGCGCCACUUCUAUUCAAAGAAACAAGUUUUUAAUAGUUUCAAUUUCUAAUCCACAGAAAAUUGUCAAUGCCCAAUCUUUGCGUGCAAGAAACAGCUCAAAUUGUGUUAACAGAAACUCCUGCGAUUUCAAACAUUUAGCGUAUACUCGCUUAUAUUACUGUUAGAUUAUGAAGUGCUAAUCCAUUUAAUCUGCGAGUGUUAAGUAACGUUAAUUGCUGGUAAUCGCGAAAAGUUUAAUGUUUAAUUACCAGACGUUGUUCUUCUCAAAUCGUCGAAAUCGUGAAACGAACCGGGGCUAUUGCAUAAGACGGCGAGUAAAUAGUCUGGUUGGAGUAACAGUAAAUACCGUUCGUGCGCUGUUAUUCCAAGCCAUUCAAUGUGCUCUUCCGAGGCUCGUGCACGUGCUACCGCGAGCGACUUUCGUGUUUGCCCAUUGUGCAAUUAUCGCUUUAUCGCCUCUUGUAAUUUUGCUUGUGACGAGCAAAAGAGAACACACGUUCACGCGUUCUUGUAUCUAUCAAGGGUGCCGAUGGAACAAAUCUUAAUGGAUGUAGGCAGCAUAUAAUUAACCUUUCCAACACACAAAUUAUUAACAUUACUUUACAUGAUAUGGUACACAUUUUAUCCUUUUACUAUUUGUAUAGUAAAAAAGUUCACACCCAUUCAACCUGACUAUAAUUACACGUUUUCCAAUCGACAUUUCCCAACGAUCCGCGCCUCGCCCCCGGUGACGCAGAUAAAAAACGAAUUCGUUUCGGAUCAAAAUGACACGCUUGUAAAGCGAAAAAUUAUAGCGUCGUCGCGGUUGCCGGAGCGGAAAACGCGUACCGGGAGAGAAGGAGAGAAAUCAACGCGGCAGAAAGAGAAACGAUGACAAGCCAGAAGGAAAAAUAUCUGUCGGGUGGAUGGGUUUAUCGAAUGUUUUCGUCGUUAAGUGCCACUUCAUUUUCUCCAUUGCCGGCUAAUAAUCCGCCAGUGAAUUUGAAUGGGGACCGUCGAUCAACCUGCUACGCGAUGCUUAAUCGAAGAACGAGCCUUUCCUUUCCAAACAAAUUGCGUUAAUUACGAGCGCUAUCCACGAUGAGGCUUCUACUCGAUUUAUCAAUCUCCCGCGAUACGGAAACGAUACUAUGACCCAUUUUUCUUUAAUGCGUUCGCAAGCGUCGCUGGAGCUAUGAGGGCCAGGAAGUUCUUCAUCUUCAACAAGAAACUCUUCUGAAUCGGAGUCCGCAUCGGCAAAACUGACGGAGUAUGAGGCUACCUUGACCGUAGGAGCCUCUUCAAGUUCAGAAGCUGGGGGUUAACGGAUAAGGAAGCGGAUAAACGACGAAUCGAAUCCGUUGAAGCGUAUUUCACGUGGUCAACGAGCCGAACCGUCGGUUAACCGAAGUCUGACAGAGUCCUGGCCGUGGCCGAGUGAGGCAUCGAUCGAUCGGACCGAUUAAUCGAGAGACUCGUGUGCGUGGAGGCGGUUGACACCGGUGAAGGGUGGGGUAAUUUCAGAAGGUUUCACGAUAGAGCAGCCUGGUCAAUAGGACAGUGUCGAUGAGACAAGAAGAUGACGAAGAUGAGGUGGUUGCUGCUGAUCGUGUUUCUCUGCGUCGCGACGCGGCUGGCCUACUGCCAGGACAACGGCUGGUCGAGGACGAAUUACCGCAACGACGCUGCUGGCAUUCAGGCCAAAUACGAGACAGAUUAUGCGAACAGGAAACUGGAGGACAUCGGGCUGCUCAACGAGGAGAGACAUGUACGCCACGGGGUCGACGGCGGUUUCGACGACCCCUUUUAUGAUCAGAUCGUUUCCUACAGGAGCAACAGGGCGAUCGAUGCUUCCAGAUCGACGGAGGCAAACACGAAAAUGGGCCAGCAACCUGGCCAAUCGAGCAAAUUGCCGAAACCGACUACAAAAUCGACGGACAUCCGCGAGAAGACUCGACGGUAUAAAAACGUGACGAUCGGUGACGGUAUUUGUCAGAGCAUCGACAUCAGGAACGGCGCAUGGGCCUUCGGUAUCAUGAAGGAUUGCCAUGUCAUCGAGGGAUUCCUGCAGAUCGUCCUGAUGGAGAACGGUGUCGAGAAGGAUUUCCAAAACAUCAGUUUCCCGAAUCUCAAGGAAAUCACCGGAUACCUUCUGAUGUAUCGCGUCAACGGCCUAAAAAGUCUUAGCAACCUGUUCCCCAACCUCGAAGUGAUCCGGGGCAAUAUUCUAUUAACAGAUUAUUCUUUCAUGCUGUACGAGAUGCAAAACUUGCAAGAGAUCGGCCUGAAGAAUCUCAGAGAAAUCUCCAGAGGUAGCGUUCGAAUCGAAAAGAAUCCGUCUCUUUGUUACACAAACACAUUGAACUGGGAUCUGAUCGUGUCCGCGGGGGAGAACGUCAUCAAGGAUAACGGGGAGGAGGCCUCUUGUCCUGAAGACACUGAGCUUGUGUGUUCCCAUUGUCCCGAGGGUUAUUGCUGGACUUCCCAGCAUUGUCAGAAGAUAGAUAAGCCAAAUUGUCACGAACAGUGUAUCGGCGAGUGUCGAGGACCUUCGGACAGCGAGUGUUACGUGUGCAAACACUAUCGACACCAAGGAAAGUGCGUGGAAACGUGUCCUCCUCAUCUAUACUCCUAUCUUUCGAGACGAUGCGUAACGAAGGAGGAGUGCGUGAAAAUGAAUCGAUUGCGAAGGAUCUACUAUUUCCUGGAGGAAGGGCAAGCUUGGAGGCCGUUCAACGGAUCCUGUGUGACUCACUGUCCUGAAGGAUACGAGUACGCACUCGACGAAAACAACAUGACGACCUGUCGCCAAUGCGAGGGCAGCUGUCGAAAGGUCACCCAUGGCUCCCUGAUACGCCACAUCUCGGAUGCUCAGAGUUUCCGGGGUAUAACCGUGGUGAAAGGUGCCCUGGAGUUCCAGAUUCGAAACGGGAAUCCAAACAUAAUGAACGAGUUGAGCGACGCGUUUGGCCUAGUAGAAGAGAUCACGGAAUACGUGAAGAUUACUCAUUCGUUUCCGAUCACGUCGUUGAGCUUCUUCAAGAAGCUGAAGGUGAUCAAAGGGGAGAAGCUGGAUAUAAACAACGCGAGUCUGGCGGUGUUAGACAACCCUAAUCUGUCCAACCUGUUCGCUCCGGACCAGAAGAUCAAAAUCGAGAACGGUCGACUGUUUUUCCAUUACAAUCCGAAGCUGUGCCUCUCAAAGAUCGUGCAGUUCAGCAAGAUGGUGAACAUCUCGAACUUCACGGAUUUGGAGGUGCAGCCGGAGUCCAACGGCGAGAAGGUGGCCUGCGACAUCGUGAACAUCAACAUCACCGUUAAAGACCUGGGUCCGGAUUUCGCGGACUUGGUUUGGGACAGCUACAAGCCGCCGGAAGGACAACAACUGCUCAGUUAUCUGCUCAAUUACAUCGAGACCGAGAAUAGGAACAUAUCGUACGAGUCCAACGCCUGCGGAGGCAACAACACCUGGCAGAUCGUCGACGUGGAUAUUCCGAGGCUCAACUCCACGGUGUCCAAGCACAUCGUCAACUUGAAACCGUACACCAUGUACGGCGUGUAUGUCAAGACGUUCAUCGCGAAGAACUCUAACUACUUCGUGAACCCGGUUGGUCAAUCGGAGAUCAUCUUCUUCAGGACCAAGAGUACCAUACCGUCGCCUCCGACGAACGUGAUGUCGUCAAGUCUGAGCGACUCCGAGAUCUUAGUGAAAUGGGAUUUGCCCAUAUACCCGAACGGACCAAUAGGGUACUACAUUCUAUCCAGCGCCGUGAUACCUGAGGACAAUGACCUGAUCUCUGCGAGGGACUACUGUAACAACACGCUGGAGAACGAGAUCGAAACGACGGAGGCGGUACCGGAAGUGACCAUAAAGACACCAGUGCCGAGUAUAACCAACUGUUGCUCGAAGAACGCUAACAGGAACAUCGUCACCUCGAAGAAGUUCGAGAUCUUUUGCCUCCAGAACACGACUAUCAGCUACAUAUCACCCGGCUGGAAGGAUUACUGCGUCUACAACAACUACAACUCCAUGCUGGACGACCGAUUCUACGAGAUGACGAACAAUUUGUCCACGCCGCGACCUGAAGAGGCGAAGACUGACUUCGAAAGUUCCCACAGCCACGUGGACGAAGCUCCGAUCUUGUAUAAUGUCACUGGACAACAGAACUCGUUCGUUGUCAAAGGUUUGCGACACUACACGCGCUACACCAUCAGCAUAGCUGCGUGCGGAGUCAAAGUGGACGAGAAGAAUAUGUGCUCUUCGGUCCAGUACACGAACAGCAGGACGAAGAAGCGCGAGAGCGCUGACAACGUGGAGGGUGUCAAGGUACUGGUGACCAACAACACCAUCGUGGAAGUGUCCUGGGACAAAGUGGAGGAUCCCAAUGCCGUCACGGUUUCCUACACCAUCGAGUACACGAAUCUAGACGUGAAGGACGCGAAGAAGAGCACCGAGUGCAUACCGUACACGAGUCGCAAGGACGCCUUUAAUGGCUACUUCUUGAAGAACCUGGUUCCCGGGAAGUACAGUCUGCGAGUUCGUUCCACGUCCUUGGCAGGAGACGGUGCCUUCUCGGAAGUGGUUUACUUCUCCGUGGGUCUAAUCGACACCGCUCCGGUAACGUUGAUCGCGUUGCUGACCGUGGGUUUCGUUUCCACGGUGCUGCUUGUGCUGAUCCUACUCCUGAGGAACCACCAGAAGAGGAAGAAGCAAGAAAGACUGAUAGCCAGCGUAAAUCCCGAUUACAUAGAGACGAAGUACGUGAUCGACGAGUGGGAGGUGCCCAGGGAGAGCGUGGAGAUUCUCGAGGAGCUAGGUCUGGGCAACUUCGGCAUGGUGUACCGUGGAAUCUACGACAAGACCGUCUCCGUGGCAAUAAAGACCAUCUCGAAGACGGCCAGUCAGAGGGAGAAGAACGAGUUCCUGAACGAAGCUUCGGUGAUGAAGAACUUCUCCACGUACCACAUCAUCAAGCUCCUAGGUGUGGUGUCCAUAGAGAACCCUCCGUUCGUCAUCAUGGAGCUGAUGGAGAACGGGGAUCUGAAGACGUACCUGCGUCGAAUUCGCGACACCAGCUUGGUACCGGACGCGUGCAAGAUAAUGCGAAUGGCAGCCGAGAUCGCGGAUGGCAUGGCCUAUCUGGAGUCCAAGAAGUACGUCCAUCGUGACCUUGCCGCGAGGAACUGUAUGGUCUCCAAGGACCUAGUCUGUAAGAUCGGUGACUUCGGUAUGGCCAGGGACGUCUACGAGACGGACUACUACAAGAUCGGCAGAAAGGGACUGCUCCCUAUUAGAUGGAUGGCUCCCGAGAAUCUUUCCGACGGUGUGUUCACUUCGGACUCUGACGUUUGGUCCUUCGGGGUGGUUCUGUACGAGAUCCUAACCCUCGCCGAGAUACCCUAUCAAGGCUUCUCGAACGAGGAGGUGCUCAGCCACGUGCUGCACAAGGGCACCCUGAACAUCCCUCGCAACUGUCCCGAGAACAUCCAGAAGAUUAUGGAGAAGUGUUUCAAAUGGCGGCCCAGCGAUCGGCCGACCUUCAUGGAGAUCGUGUCCGAGCUGGAGCCGUUCUUGGGCCAAGAUUUCUACGAGAAGUCGUUCUACCAUUCGGUGGAGGGCGUGGAGAGCCGCAAUUCGGGCAUGAAGAAGCCGUACCAUCACGCAGCGCCCAUCAGGUUCCACUGGGGCAACGAAACGGCCAGGUGGGUGAAGGAGUUCGAGGACAACGUGACGUUGCUCGACCAGACUAAGGCUGGCACCAGCAGGGCCCGCAUCUUCAAGAACGGUUUCCAGCAUUUCGGUAACGUAGCCAACAUGGAGGAUGUACCUCUCGAUCGAUGAGAUUAAUUUACACGCGUACACACGGUCUCUCUGUAUUUGUAGUCAGUUGUGACGCGGACCCUCGCAAGUCACAAACUCGUCGACGUACCAUGUACAAAACGAUACUCAGGGCAAUGAAUCGCGAAACGAGGGUCCAGCGAGCACGAGAUAGACGAGGGACAUACGUUUUCCUUUUAUUUCUUCGUUUAUGACACGAGCAUCGUUUAUUUGCGACACCCUCGGUCUCUCUCGGUACUCGUUGACGUAUGUAGGAUGACGACGAGCGACUGAAAAAGAGAUUUUCACCGUUUUUCGUGUUCGAGCAUACUCGUCUGACGAGAAAAUGCGAGCCUAACCAAAAGCGUCUAGAUUUCGAACGCGUUAGGUGUUCAGAGUUUCGUCUCUUUUUAUCUGUUCUUUUUUCCUAAGCGUAACCAAAAGCUCUAACUCCUCGGCCAUGCGAGUCUACGAACUGUUCAUUCCUUGGAAGGGUUAUCUACUGUUUUUCUUUUAUUAUUAUUUUUUUUAUUUUUGUCCUUUCGUGAGGAUUUUCUGUUUCCUAGAAUAGCGGUAUCCUUGACCUACUUUAGAGCCACACGCGAAAGAACUGAUUAAUUAAAUAUACAUGUACGUAUUUGGUAUUGCGUUAGAUUCAUGCGGACAUUCUGUACACGGAACUACAAUGGGUUCUUCGCUAUUUCAUUGGAAAGUCGGACGAAAUUAGUUUCGCUAGACUAGGUCGACCGCUCGUGGACACGAAUCUUUUCACUUUCGUAUCAGGUUCACGUUUUCUGGUGCUGUUCACAAUGCACUUCUGUUGUCUCGAUUAACGUUGAUUGCUACGAUCGAAAGAUAACAAAUUUUCUUAUACCUUGAGACUUCAGGUUCUCUCUAAAUCGCAAACCUAUUCGUCGAAUCAAAUUCGUAGCACUCGAGUUAAUCGAAUAGUGGUUGUAUAAACUUUCCUUUCUUUUGUAUUUUUGAGCCGUUGCUAAAAUAACCGACCGUGUAACAAAGUGUAUAAAUCGUUGCAAAAUAAGGAGAGAAAAUUUACUUGAUUCGUCGAUCGACAUGAAGCGUUGUGCUUCAGACGGAUCAGAAGUUCUAGUAGGUAUAUACAUAUAUACAUAUCUAUCGAUAUUUUUCUCUCUAUACAGAAAUUUUCGCUUGAGAGACAUUCUUAGCAAUACCAGACAAACUCUCUGUCCUGCAAUACCUUUAGGAUCACGAGGUUAGAUCGUGCAUUCGUUUAUUUUUUAUACCUACCAUUUCGUGAACUUUUUAAUAAGAUCUUCAGGGAUUCAGAUAAUUCUUUUCUGGUUACGGGUGAUUCGAGUUUGAAACGUUGCAAAGUUGGGUUCAAGACUAAUCUUAGUGAACAAUAUAAGUGACGGUGGAAUAAUAUUUGAAUAUUCAGGAAAUUGAAAAAAUUGAACCGAGAAAAUUUUGUUAGGACAAACGAGAAUCACCCAGAAAAAGUCAGAUGAACCAUGACCCACCCAGUUACCGUACACUAUGUUCAUAAAAGUCGCCAAGAUUUCUCGGUCCACACAUUCUCACACACACGUACACACAUUCACAGCAGAGUUCCUUGUUACAUGCAUACCAUUUACACGAGGUGCGAUCCAUUAAUCGAACAACUUAGACACCUCGUGUUAAGGUAUGUUGUAAGUAAAACUUGCAAUAAGCAUGCCAACAAUCUUUGCAAUAAGUACACGUAUAUGUAUAUUAAUAAAAGGUAGAUAUAAAGCUGUUAGAAGCUUGAUUAAGCAGAGAGAAUUCUAAGAGACGACAGAGUCAUAUCUCUAUUUUAUUGUAAUGAUAUAUAUAUACACAUAUGUAUACACACAUUCGGAUAAGUAUUUUUACGGCGACCGUAUUUAUUCUUCGAUCGAUCGGAAACAGGGGAGUAGUAUUCACCUGAACAUAUGUAUGCAGACGGUUGACAUGUACACUCACGUGCAACACUUCAUGGAUUUAUAGCUUUACGUUCUUUGGCUCCGCCCUUUCUUUCUACGUAGCUCUUUUAGACCUUAGUUCUAUUUCUUUCUAUGUCCACAUUUGGAGCCUUCUGAUCCACCCUUCUUUAAAUUCAAGUCAAAAUUUUUCCCUCUAUUUUUCUUAGCUCCUAAAAAUUGAAAUCUCUAUCCGUAAGAAGCCAUUGCACCUGGAUGUACGUUAAUGACCUACCAUAAAAGGAUUCCUUAGGGAAACUGGCGAGAAGCCCCAUUCGCUGUAAACUUGACAUAAGAUGUAAUAACUCUUGAAUAUCGUAGCAAGUAACUAGUGAGGGCUCGAAGGUACAUUCGCUAUAAUACUCGGGAAUUACAACGCAUUAUGCCUAGUUUAUUUCCCUAGGGAAGUCUAGUAUACAUAUGCCCGUUAGAGUAUGCAGUGGCUCGUUUGAAAUCGUCUACGGUUUUUUAUUUCCUUGAUGGAAUUUUUAGUUGCAAUUUAAUUUAUCUUUCGUUCAAAUUGUUUUGUUUGGAAGAGAAAUGAAUUUAAUUUUGUAUCUUGAUACUCUUACAAACUAUCAACGUGAAAGCAAUAUAAAAUGUUUAAAAUUUGACAAAUUUCGUUCUUAUUUGAACGUGUUAUUUUGCAAAUUAAAUCAAACUGAGAUAAAUUAAUAGAAAUGUACCUAGAUACCUAGAUGGAUAACGAGACACCAGGUAGUUGCAUCUUUAAUUUAAAACUAGUAACUUCUCAUGUAUAUACAUGUACAUACACGUACACAUACACGUACACACAUAUAUUUUAUUAUAAACGAAAAAAAACAACAAAUAGUUUCUACGUUUAUAUAUUUAAAUUAUUACAUUUCUCGUAUGGUAUUUAACCGCGUCUUUACCGAAUAUAAUUAAUUCGUUUUACUAUUAUACCUAGAAGUUCCUCUUAAUUUAGCAAUAUCGAUUCAUUUAAUUUAACGAUAACUAGAAUAAAAAAUUAGCGAUAGUAAUACGAAAAGCAGGGAUAAAAUGAUUUACGUAAAUGAAAGUCUGACCUCUGCUAAUAUACACAAUCUUUCUCUCUUUUUUUAUAUUCAUUUUACCCUUUGCACUCUUUACAGAUUUUUCUAUAGAAAAUUCGCUCGUUAAUUUAUAUGUUGUACGAAGUACUCGUUUUUCUCGUGAAAAGUUAUAUAUUCUAUUGUUUUUUAAAUGUUCAGAGUGCAAAGGGUUGAAUUAACGCGUUUGGUAAAGUGGCUGUGUUCUAGCCCGCGAUAUCGCGUGACGAUCGAUAUCGAGUGACCGAACGCGUUAAGGGAUGAUGUACAGUCGAUUACUCGCGUGAAAACGGUCACAGGUAUUAAUAUAUUAAAAAUUGCUGAAAGUGCGACGCUCAUUUCGUCGCAAAACUUUAGAAACCACCGGAAGCUCUUAAAGUCCAUACAUCGUUAAUUUUAUCCUGAAAGGCAAAAGGAUUGCCGCCAUUUUCUCAACUAUUCCGUCUUUAUCUUCUUGUCCCAGUGCGAAACUGUUUGCAGAAUUUUGCGGAACAAAAAUAUUCCUUAAUUAACUAAAAAAAAUAUUCACAGUGAUUUUAUUUAUCUUACCGAAGUUUUUAGAGUCAGAUUUUUCUCCGAAUUCGGUUCUGCAAAAAUUCAGUGAACAAUACCUAGAGAAUCGAAAGUCCUGAAACGUUCACCGUCGCACACGUUGUACAUAUGUGUCUGUGUAACAAUUAGUGAUAAUAACAAGCCCGUAUAGAACCGUACCUGAAUGUUGACCCGAUAAUGCGACUAUUCAUACAAAUUAUAUUCAUACAAAUUUUGAUAACUAUACGGACGUAGAUCAAUAAGAAGUGUAAACGUUCGAUUAGCAACGGUGCGUGUGUAUAUAUAGGGUGUCUUAAAAAUUCGCAGCGAAAAACGAUUCGAGAGAAUUGAAGUAUCUUUUCUUUACGGUCAACCGGUAACUUAUAUCUUUUUUAUUAUUUAAUUAUAUAGUGACAAUAAAAGACUGAAGUAUAAGUUUAUCCGCGACCGGGUCUCGAUUUCACAGUGCAUUUUUAUUUCAAUUGCAAAUUUUGACCCUCUAUUAUUCUACUCUGAAAUCUACAUUUUAAUUUGAUUAAUUUAUUCAAGGGAAGUUUUGCUGUACAUAAUUGUUCAAUUGCGUGCUCUGUAAAAAAUGAUCGAAUAAUGCAAUAAGUUAAUUGUUUGAAUUGUUUAAAAUUUGUCAAACAGUGCAUAUUAAAAAAUACUUGACUGCUCGUACAUUUUUCUGUCAUUUUCUUGAAUAAAGUGGAAAAUGUAAUGAAUUUGAUUAUAGAGGGUUAAAAAUGGUUUAGUCGAUCGGUGACAGAUUUUGGACACCUAGUUUCACAUUCGAAAGCGUGUGAAUUGUUAACAUUAGCCUACUUCGUACCCCGUGAAAGUUCGCGAGUGCAAAUCAUUGAAUCGUUUGUGUUCGGAAACUCGCCAAAAGACCGGCCAGCCGUCGUACAAAAAUUGAAUUCUCGCGGAACGUCGCUGGCCGUUUUUUCGCAAAUAAAAAAGAAGAGAACGAGAGACUGGAAAGUAUAUCCUCGGAAUCAAACAAUGUACUCGAAAUGGGCAUUAAACAUUUUAUCUGUCGUGAUAGGAAUAAACGACUAUUUUUUACUCGUUGCAAUAAAUAGCGUCUAAAUCGUGUAAAUAAAAGGAACAUUUCAAAUACGGUGCAGAGGAAUGGAUCAAAUUGAGAAAAUUAUUAGAUCGUACGUUUUUAGAGGAAUUGAAUAAAUAAUAAAGAAAAGAAAGAAUUUCGGGUCAACAGAGAUGUUUAAUCACUCGAUUACCGUUCUAUUCGGGCGAUAUAGUAUUUACUGUUGCCGCCUAGUGCCUGAAGGCAGGACAUUGUUUUGCGCGUUUCCGGUUACGCGAAAACCCCGGAAACAUCUGUUUCCAUAGAGAAAAACAGGGAGAACUUUUUCGUUAUCAGCUGAUCAGUGCCGUAACCAGAACCUUGCUAAAUUAUUUUUUCAGAAAAUUUUAACGUUAGAACAACCGGUGUGUAUAUAACUCGAGUUUAAUUUAGAAAAUUUACUCGUGCAUGAGUAAGGAUUAAUUUAUUAAGAUGUAAUAUAGGAAUAUUCUUAUCUGGACAAAAUUACUCUAUAAUUUAAUCUUAGAUUAUUUUGGAGGGUGGUUGUUCCGGUGUUAAACCUUCUCUGUAAUAUUCUCUUAAAUUUUUUAACAGAAUGUUCGAAUUGUACGUUUCUACGUGGUGCUCAGUAGUUUGUUAACGAUUUUAGUUACGGCACUGAAACGUGUCCAGGGUGCGUGUUUUACGCACAAACGCACGCGAAGUGCAGCAGAAUUUUCAAUGGACUGACAACUGAAGACUUAGUUAUAAAUUAGGUGUAUCGCGUCUUUUUACAAUGUAAAUAAAACGUAUCGUGUUUAGCGCGUCCGCGUCGUGCGUGGUACAGGAACGUUUCCGGCGGGGAGUCGAAUAAAUUUCUAUGUAAAUACUGCAAUAAUAUUUAGUUCGAAUCGCCUCGAUUCGUGGAUUUACUUAAGUUCCAUUAUUUAAUUUUUAAAAUCGUAAUUCGACUAGCGUAAAGGUAUCGAACAAAAAUUCAACUCUUCGUUUUAAGGUUCGAUUCAGGGUAUAGUUGAUAAGUUUAUUCAGGAAUAAAUCUUUUUUAGAUUAGAACAGGUAGAAAUUUAAUUGACUCGUAAGGGUAUAAUUUCCGAAAUCUGGCUUCCUGCAUCACGCACCUGGUAAGCUAAUUAAAUUACCCGACCCUAAAAUAAAACAAAAACGGAACGAAAUCACUCGCGGCAAAAUGGUCGAUAAAGGAAAGUGUUAACGUUAAUUUCCGGUCGGAGCGUGUAUUUUUAUCGCGAAUCAAGAUCUUUCAAUUUAGCCGACACAAAGACCAUCUGAUAUAAUUCGUUGCCUCCUAAGUAAUUUUAUCAACUUUCAAACUAUAAUGUUUUCAUAUUUUUAUUCUGCGGAUAAAAUUUUAUUUAUACUGUAUUUUAUAUGAGGUCACGUAGAGUGAGACACUUAAUGAAAUUUAAUUAACGAUAUUUGACUCGAUGUUUUACAAUGUUUUAUUUUGAUGCUAACUUGGACACUGGCACAGAAUGGCGAUAUAAAGAGUGGAUUAUUUAACGAGUUGGUAGAAGUUGCAAAAACUUGCAGAUUCGUUUACAAUUUCUAUAAUUUCUGACGAUUGAGAUUGAGUUUUAUCAGUUAAAAAAAUUAUGAUGCUAAUGUGGACACAUGUACUGGCACAGAAUGGCGAUAUAUUUAGGGGAUUAUAUAACGAGUUGGUAGAAGUUGCAGAAACUUGCAGAUUCGUUUACAAUUUUUCUAAUUUCUAAAGAUUGAGAUUCAAAGUUUUAUCAGUUCAAAAAAUUAUGAUGCUAAUGUGGACACAUGUACUGGCACAGAAUGGCGAUAUAUUUAGGGGAUUAUAUAACGAGUUGCAAGAAGUUGCAGAAACUUGCAGAUUCGUUUACAAUUUUUCUAAUUUUUGAAGAUUGAGAUUUUGGAAAUUUUAUCAGUAAAAAAAUGACUUAGAAGGCAACGAAAUCAGCAACACGUAUUAAAAUGUGUGGAAAUUGAAACCGACACACAUAGUCCUAUAUUUUCUACACACCUUGCUACCCAUUAAGUGUAUAAUAAUUAACCGAUCGAGGUACUCGUGUAUUCGUAAUUAAUAAAAAACCAACAACGGUGUUAUCGAGUGUAGAGUGUAACGAUUAAUGAUUCCGAAGUGUUUAGGUAUGAAAAGAGUACGGGUAUUCGCGGUUUUCUUAAAUUAAUCAUCGCGUGUUUAUUUAUACGUUUAGGAUUGUUGAAUAAUUAGGAUUUAAGCUUCCUUCAUCGAUCGAAUCCUUUUAAUUCGUUCAUCUCUCGUUUAGAGAAUAAGUUCGAUUCGUUUAAAAACAGAAAAAAAGAAAAAAAUGUGUUCGAAAACUGAAAAUUUCAUUGGCGACGCUUCCCCCGAAUCCCUUGUUUUACAAUUAUUUAUUUAUUACAGUUGUGUUUCGUUGCAAAUGAACUUUAAACCUUGAUAUCACGACUGAGAUCACUAUUUGACCACGUAAGGCAAGGGAUUAAUUAUUUAUUUAUUCCAGAAUAUUUUCCCUUAGAUUUCCAAAAGAAUAUUUCCCAUUUCACCUCCCCGUAAUUCCUGAAUCAAAAAUUCCUGCCAUACCGUGUCUUCCAAGACAGAGACUAAUAGCGAAUUAGUUUCUUAGUAUUUACCGUCGCCAGCCGUUCGUUGCGAAUCAGCCCUGAAUUGACCUGUCACAAGGGAGGAGGGAAAUAAUCACAUUCCGAAAUUUUAUCCUUCUUUGCUAAUUUUCAUUUUUUGAAAUUUUGGGAAAUUGUGGGAUCUAGGGAAGAUUUAGAGAUGACGUAGCGUUCCACAUAUGUGUCCUUGCAGCUAUGUGUAAUUAUGUGAAAUCUUCCUCGGAUCUAAAUUUCCAGCGAGGGAAUGUAAACGAAAACUUGCAAGUGCUCCAAAGAGUGAAAAUAUAGAGAAUUUGAACAUAAGGGCGAGCAACGUGAAACGGACCAAGUAAAGCGACUAACCCGUAUAAGUUAGUAAGUUGUGUCUACCCUGCUAAAAGUACGAAUGUGUGGAUGAAGGUGUGAGUCUGUAAAAUACGCGUGUUGAAGAAAAGACAAUGAAAGAAGAUCGUUGAACGAUAUGUUUUAACAUUUUAACGAACGAGUUUUAGACACUUACAAUUUUAGACUGUAAAAAUUUGACAAAGACCGGAAAUGAAAUUCAUUCUUCGGACGGUUUUUAACUCCUGUAACUUAUUUUAAAGAAAAUUGGAAAUGUGUGAAAGAUUGUAAACUUGUAAUUUGAAAGAUUCGAUGGUUUUCUUCGUUAAAAGAUUGAAUGUUGUGCGAAAGAAGAAAUAUAGAAGUGUAAUGACUCGUGGAACGAUGAAAUUUUCAGUUUUUUUCCGAAACUAGGUACGCUGAAGAAAAAUGUAUAUUUUUGUAUCCGUUUGUUUUGCGUUCGAAACUUCAACGAUUAUUAUUGUAUUUCACGGCGUUCACGAUACACGUCACACCUAAUCACACAAAUGUACAUACUUACAUUGCACUAAUUUUAGUAUUGCCGCUGAGUAUUAUAACUAGUCACAUAAGCCAAAAGUUUGUUACUCUCGCAAAGUUUUCUUUUUUCUCAGUUUUGUAAUAAAGGAGGAUGAGUAAAAUUU